UAAGUUAUUGCCUAAUAGAAUAUUAGAACUUGAUUCUGUGUAUUUGGCUACACUUUGUUUUCCUCUUUCGAACAGGAUAUAGGAUACAUUUUUCUCAAUUUAUUUUUUUAGUUUUAAUUUCUUUUUCAUCAAUAUAUUUCUGUUUAUCUAGAUUAAAAUUCUAGAUUUAGAUGAAUUUGUUUGUAGUGUACCGUUAUAUAUUUAGAUUGAAAUAAAGAAAAAGAUUUUAAUGAAAUCGUUAAAGGUGUAUCUGAAACACAAUUGAACAUCGGUGUCAAUUUUCGCACCUGAAGCAAGUUUUGCUCGCUACGCCUCUAGCUGCCUGGUCGUGCUGUAUGCGCGCCGGACUGUCGUUCGUUCGUCUCGAUAGUCUUUUAAAAAUAAAAUAUCAUUGGCCUCCUUCAGUCGUAGAACGACUAUGGUUCAUCUCGCACACUUCCUCUUAUGGCUGUGGAGCUCUAGUUUGGAGAGACACCCCCGUCCUCAAAUAUCGCAGGUUAAGGUGGCUUAAUAUACCGAUCUCUUAAAUGGAGGAGGAGGACUGUAUAUAGGCUACUUCCUCUCCCAUGUUCCUAUUGCCAUUUUUUAUCAAGUGGAAACGAUAAAUUAGGUUUAGAAAUUGAGAAUGGCUUCUAGUAGUAAAGCUAGUGUAGAGGCUAUGAAACAAGCAAAGAAAGAAGACAAUUACCUGCCCAAUUAUUGGAGAAAGAAUUUCUAUAAAUUUCUUGUUCCUGUGGAUGAUUUAACAAAGACGGCUAUAACAAAAGUUGUCCACGACACAUGGAGAGAAGAUCUGGUGGGAAAAGGAUUAGAUGCCAACGAUUUAGCUCUGUUAGGUCAUAGGAGACUGGAAGUUAUAGAAGUGCACAGGGUGGAGAAUCCGGUUGUGUUUGGCAGAUACCAAAAAGCGAAAAACGAUUUACUGGACAAAACGAUAGCUCUAAACGAGCCAAGUCGUCGUAUUGUCAGCAUCCAUGACUCAUCCAAUGGCGAUCCUAAUACAACCAGUCUUCUGGCAGAUUUCUUGAAAAGGGAUCUCUGUCCUGAGAUUAACGAAUGCUAUGUUUUGCAUGGAACUAAGACCGACAGAAUUGGAGCGCUAUCAGAAAAUGGACUGAGAACAAAAAACGCAAAUCCCAACGCCAUGUUUGGUAAAGGGAUAUACACGACGGACAGCUCAACAAAAGCUGAUCAAUACGCAGAUUUUCGUCACAAACGUAGACCCCUCCAUUAUAGAAAUAAACUCGUCCUGUCACGUAUACUUUUAGGCAACGUUUUUCUUUAUAAGGACAUGCCUGAAAAAGAUGAAUGUAAACUGUCAGGCCCUCCGUGUAUGAGGUGCUUGCAAGACGUCUGCGAUUGUAAUUUUACCAAGUUUGACUCUGUUCUGGGAGAGCACAAGUUGAGGUUUAGAGAGUUUGUGACCUAUGACGAAGACAAAAUAUACCCAGAAUACAUUAUCACUUACAAACGAAGGAAAUAAAAUAAUUAAACAUAAUAUUCGAAGAUAUUAAAACUCGAAAAAUGCUCAUUAAAGUUACGGGUAAUUAAAUAUCGACCACAGAUUAUAAAUUUAAUCUAGGGCAGUACGAUACCAUUGUAAGCCUAUGUUUUAAUAAAAAAACUAGUAUAAACUGCCUCCCUUUGAGUGAUCUGUAAACUCUUUCAUAUAGCGAAUGCUCAUAAUCAUCCCAGUGAUCUUUUAUAUUUAUAUUAUAUAACAGCUUUAUAAAGCAAUAAAUAGGUACAGUAAAAUACAAAAGAUAAUGCAUUCCUAGAUAGGCAUAUAGAAUAUAGAGUGAUUAACGAGGUCUUUAUUAAUAGGCCUACAUAGCUUAUCAUUGUUAUCAGCGCUUCCGAUAUCCUGUACCCCAAAACGCUAGUUAUUUAUAAAUCCGCCUCUUUUCUCCUUUGGUUUGCGCUUAGUAAAAACAAAAAUUUAGCAAUAAAUGAAAAAAAAAAUGUUCUUCUUUUAUUAGUUUAUGCUUUAGUUAAAAAAAUAUAGGCCUACUUAUAUGAAUUUCACAUAGAAACUAUUACUUUUAAAAUGUAUUUAUUGUGUGCUAAGUUGUGUGUUUUAAAUUGUUUUUAUUAAUAGUUCUUUAAGUGGCCCUUGUAGGAUGUAAUCUGUAACACACUUUAAACUUUUAAAUGUGGACUAUUAAAAAGAUGCAGAGGCUAACCUUUACAUUUACAUAUUUUUAGGUUUCAUUUCUUAAAUUUGAGCCAUUAUUAAAAAGCUUAUACCAAUUCACUUUGUCUCCCACACCCAUUUUCGGAUCAAAUUGAAACUUUGCAGAAUUAUUAAUUGAGGAAGAAAAUACAAGAAUCGAUUCAAUUAAUUACUGGUAAUUCAUUAUCUGUUUGAUACCGACAAGGGAAAUUAAUUCACAGUAUUCAGAGAUCUGUCUAAAUAUUUUGGGUUUGUCCACUCAGAUAUCUGUUAUUUCUGCCACAAACAUUCUCGGACCUAACGAAGCAUGAAUCACUUUAAAAAUUAACAAGUUAGUCAACCAAUUAUUAGGAUUUUUUUUUUGUUUGAUAUUGAAAAAGGGAAAUAACGUCUACACAUUAAUGAGAAAUAUAGUUCUAAAUUUUAUAUUAUAUUUAUAUUAUAUUCUAAAUAUAGUUCUAAAUUUGGAGUAGUAGUAAAUGUAGAGCUCCUUACCUAGGAUAAACCUUUUUGUUGUUUUUUAAUUUUUUUUUUUUAUUUUGCUCGUUAGUUUUAUGAGUGAUUCAAUUUAAGUUACUUAGUAUCAAUUAUUUAAUGCAUGAGGAAAAUAAAGUCCUGUGUAUUGUUAUACACUCGAUACAGGGAAAGCAUUUUUAUGUAUCGUCAACUGUAAAAACUACACGUUAUGGACGCUAAUAGAUAGGCCUAAUUCUUUUUCUCAAAUGAUACAAACGUAUUUCGACUAUUAGCUCUUGUUUCUUAACAGAAGUAAACACUUUUUAUCGCAUUGAUUUUUAUUGAACUCUGUUAUGUUGGCAGGCGAGACCUAUUUAUAUAAUAGAGGCCUACCUGUCUAGCACUGUGAUACUUCGUUGUAACAUUCCAAAGGGACCAUCCAUUUUUAUUUUGUUUUUUUUUUUUUGCUGUGUUUGUUAUUUACUUUGAAAUUUGAGUCUAUAGAUUAAUUCAUUGGUGACUGGUGCCUGUUACUGUUAUGAAUGCAAGGUCCUAAUUACUUGUUACGUUUUAUCUGCCCUUUCCCCCGAAAUAAAGUUCAACUUUAAUACGUGUCCACGUGUAUAGUCAUUAGUGAAGAAUGUAGGCCUACAAUAAUUACUCAAAUGUAAGACGUCAAUGGCGGGAACAAGAAACAAAAAUUAAAAAUACUUUUAAAAAAGGACAAUAGCUCCUUUUUACAACUUAUAUAGGACACAAAUACUCUUUCGUCCCUAGUGGUAUCAGAGCAUGGAAUGGGUUGCCUGAGCUAGCCAGGAACACCAGUGACUUAGUAGAAUUUAGGUCAUUGGUUAGUAAGGGCCUAUGCAUGACUAAAUGCAUGACGCGCUGGACGUAAUCGUCUCCUUUUAUGAAGUAGGCUAACAUCUGUAUUAUAUAAGAUGAGAUUUUUUCUCUUAACAACUAAUGAAUUUUUACAUUAAGAAACAAUGGAACAUUUUUAAAACGUCCCAUCCUCUUGCCACCCCUAGAAAGAAUCCUGGUUUUAAGCAAAUGUAGCCUAUAGAUCUACUAGACUUAAUAUUUCAAUGAUAGUCCUUUAGAUCUAGACCUCAAGACUUAGAAGACGAUGCACGAAUUUCUCUGAACUUUAAUUUAUUAAGCUCUUCAAUGGAUUCGGAAAUACGCGAAGAUGUAGCCUCUAGUCCGUUCAAGAUAAAUAUUUUCUUCAUCUGUAGCUAAAUUUAAUUUUUUUUCUUUUUCUAAAAAAUAUAACGGUCAAAUUAGAGUUUUCCCAGUGUGGUUAACAAGUUAGUAAUUCUUUUCUUAACGACAUCCACCAGCUGUCAAAUUUCUAAGAAAAUAGUUAAAGCGUUUACGAGAUCCAUGUCCAAAUUCCACGAACUUGCGAGUUGAAUGAUGGUAUUGUAAAAAAAAAAUACAUACUUUCUAAACGUUAAAUACAUUCUAAGUAAUGUUCUAAUAACAUAUUCACAUUGUAAAUUAUUAUUUUAUUACUUUUAAUUUAUUAUAGACUAUUAUUUAAUUGUCUUCUAAUGUUUAUGCACUUUUGUAAAUAAAAUUACAUACAUUUGAAUAUGCCAGCUUUUAAUUAGAAUGUAAUCUAGAUCUGCUACAUUCAAUGAUAUUAAAUAGCUAGCCGAUAUCCGUUCUACGCAAAGGUUGAAAUGGUAUGUAUGUUAAAUCCGUCAAUAAAACGUCACGCAUAACAACGCUCUCCCAGCCCUUAAACAAUUUUCUAGCCCUUAAAUUCUGCGUUCUUUUUUUUUCUUUCAUCCUACAAACGAAGGGCCCAACACCCACUUUUAUAGACUUUGCACAAACACUUUUUAAUGUCCGUCAGUUGUAGCCUUCCAUCUCCUUGCACUAUAAUACUCCCCACAUACGCACACACAAUAUUUUUAAAUGAAGCUCACUUUUCCGAGGAACAGUUUGAAAGAAGAAAACAUCAUUAUUCAGAACUUCGUCUACUCUUUACAUAUUUAUCUUUACUUUGUCAGACAUUUAGAAUAAUCCAAACUGUAUUAUGCCCCCCCCCCCAAAAAAAAAAAAAAGAAAAAGCACGUUCACACACUCAUACUUUUAAUGAAUAGAUCCCUAUAUUCACUGUGACAAUAUUUAGGACUUUUUAAUUUUUGAUUUAGAAUAGAGGACUAUUUGUAGAUCUAGAUCUAGUUGUUUUAAAAUUGUUCUACACAGUAUUUUUCCUGCAGUAUAAUGCCCCCCCCCCCUUUUCACAUAAACUCACAAUAUUUUCAAAUGAAACGCCACUUUCUGAUGAACAGUGUGAAACAAGAAACAUCGCUAUUCGCAACUUAUUCAACCAUAUUUACGUUUUAUUUUGUCAAGCAUAGAUCUAGAGCUAGUGUCACAUUGUUUAGAAUAGCUCAUCUUCACAAUAUGUAUUAUACACCGCCUCAUCAAAACACCGUACUGACCAUAGGCGUAGCAUUCAUGGCGCGAAGGGGUUCAAUGAACCCGGGCCCACGAUCCAUAGGGACCCACAGUCUGCAUGUGGCGUAACAAAACCAUGGCUCAAAGUGAUUUAUUACGUCUGGGCCCAUGGCUCAUGACCAGUUGGGGCUCAAACGGGCCCUUAGGGAUGACACCAAACUGGAAUACAUUAUUGCACUUUCGUAAAGGCGAUUCAAAUGUAUAACCUUAAAAGUCUUCUCAAAAUAUCCUACUCUUAAACCAAACGUUAACUUCAAAACGUUAAACCAGAGUCUGUGUACCAGCGGCCUCGACUGCUUUGAUAUAUAGAUCUGUUUCAUUUUAUCAGGUUUAUUGUUGUUACGUGCGCAUCUUAGUGUAAAUGUGAAAUGGUGCGAAUGCGUGUUGAAAGGAGAAGAACAAAAAUGGAGGAAUAUGAACAAGAAAGUGUUUUCAGUAUUAAUAAAGAGUAAAGUAUUUAUAAACUGUGAUUUGUCGUUUUCAUGUCUAAAGAGUCUCAUCCAAUAUGAAGACGUAACAAGUGGCGCCCAACGCAAAGGUAACCCACGUAUCCCUCUAUUCACAGGGGAUCUCCUGUCAGCAGACAGUAGAGAUAGUAAAAUCUAGAUCUAGAGACAGGAGAACAUUCGAUUCGAUAUUAUUAGAAAUAGACUAUGGCGGACAGGGCUGAGGUAGCAGCGUUGAAGGAAGAGGGAAGGUUGUUGGAGCUUGAAGGGGCAGAACUAAGAAAAUACGUACAAGAAAGGUUGAUGGAGAGGGAGAGAUUAGAUAAGGAGGACAAAAGAGAAAGGGAAAAAGAAAAGGAGAGAUUAGCGAUGGAAAGAGACAAAGAAAAAGAGAGAUUAGCAAUGGAAAGAGACAAAGAAAAAGAGAGAUUAGCGAUGGAAAGAGACAAAGAAAAGGAGAGAUUAGAUAAGGAGGACAAAAGAGAAAGAGAAAAAGAAAAGGAGAGAUUAGAUAAGGAGGACAAAAGAGAAAGAGAAAAGGAUAAGGAGAUAGUAGCAAUUGAAAGGGAAAAGAAAAAUGAAUUAGUUGCCAUUGAAAGAGAAAGAUUGGCGUUGGAAAAAGAGACAGCAUAGAGAAAGUUAAAAACAAACCAAGAAAAAGAGAGUGAUAAAAGAAAGGGGGAAACUACAGGGAACAAACUAGCAAAAUAUAAAGGUGCGAUAUUCGAAGAAGCUAAAAUGGACAUUGACAUUUUUUUGAAGAAAUUUGAAAUUGAAAUGAGAGAACUGGAAUACCCCGAAGACAAAUGGUCAUUCUUAUUAUCAAAGUCAUUUGUAGCAGAGGUCCCAUCGAAGAUAUGCAUGAACCAGAGCAGCUAUAGCGUGGUGAAAGAACAAUUACUACGAACGUACGGAAAAACAGAGGCGUAUUACCGUGAACAAUUUGUUAACUGUGCGAUAGAAACAAAUGAUGACCCACAGACAUUCAUGGACAGAAUGACCAGUAGUUUUGAAAAUUGGACUGAAACCGCCAAAAUAGAAAAGACAUUUGACGGUCUAAAGACAUUUCUAAUGAUAGACAAAGCAAUUUAUGAGUGUCAGGAGGAAUUAAAAAUAUUUUUGUUGGAGAGGAAACCAAAAUCCAUAGAAGACAUAGUAAGACUGAUAAGGGCCUAUAAGGUGGCACAUCCAGAUAAGAAACUAUUCAGAGGCAGCGACAUAGAAGAAAUAGUUGCAUUUAACAGAACAAGAGAUACACGAGACAACUACAUCAACAACGGCAGACGAUAUAGAUAUGAUGAACAAAAUAGGUUUAGAGGACAAGGAAGGAACCAAAUGGGUAGUAGACCAGGACAGUUUUAUAGUAACCGAGGUCGAUACCAAAGAAAUGUACAGGGACGAUUCGGCGGAGUAAGGGAUAGAAGAGAUCAAAGCCUGUCAAUGUUAACAUGUGCAGGAAGCCUUGAGUAUUUUGAGACCUUCGUGGGAAACAAAAUAGCAAGGACGAUACGAGAUUCUGGCAGUACAAUAGUGGGUGUUAAUAAGAAAUUAGUAGAAGAACAAGACUAUACCGGCAAAUCCAGGAAUUGUGUGAUGUUUGAUGGGAAGACUGUACAAUUACCAAUUGCUAGAAUUAAAAUUGAUACACCAUAUUUUACUGGAAUUGUGGAUGCAUGUGUAAUAGACUAUGCUCAUAUUGAUUUGAUUAUUGGAAAUAUUCCAGGUAUAAAGAAUUGCAAUGAAAAGGAUAUGGGAAAUUGGAAAAAGUGUUUCGGAAUGAGUAUUACUCGAUCCAAAUGUAAGGAUCUGGAUGCAGGAGAUCUGGAAAAAUUAUUCCAGUUACCAGAUAAGAAAAAAAAAAAAGAAGGAUUAUUACAAAACUCAGAAACAUUAGAACUUAAUAAUGUAGUAUUCGACAAGGAAAGGUUUAUUACAGAACAAAAAAAUGACCUAGAGAUGCGUCAGUUGGCCCAGAAAGGAGGUAGAGGAGGAAAAUUUUAUAUAGAAAGAGGAAUUUUGGUAAGAGAAAUUGAGUCACAAGGAAGAAAAAUUAUACAGGUUGUUGUACCAGCGGAAUUUAGAAAUAUCAUAUUGAAGAAUGGGCAUGAUGAAGCAUAUGCAGGCCACAUGGGAAUUCACAAAACGAAACAAAGAAUAUUUAGGGACUUUUAUUGGCCAUCUAUUAGUAAAGACAUUAAAAAUUAUGUGUUGUCGUGCAAAGUUUGUCAAAUGAAAGGCACUAAAAAAAUCAGAGCCCCAUUACAAAAGGUAGAUAUACCAGAAAGGCCAUUUAGUAAGAUUGCGAUUGAUUUGAUUGGACCCAUGCCGGUGAUAUCAAAUAGGGGUCAUCGAUAUAUUCUAACUGUGAUAGACGUGUGCUCAAGAUGGCCAGAAGCUAUUCCACUAAAAAGAAUUGAAGCCAGUGAUAUAGUUCAAGCGUUAUAUACAUUAUUUACACGGUUUGGAUUUCCUGAAGAGGUACUGUCAGAUAGGGGCACACAGUUCCAUUGUCAACUAACGACAACAUUUUUGAAAAUGUUUGGAAUUCGGCAAAGGUUUACAGCCCCGUAUCACCCGCAGAGCAACGGUAUUUGUGAACGUUUUAACUGUACGUUAAAGAAAGCGUUAUCGAAAGUAGCAGAUGACAAUCCCAAAGAAUGGGAUGUGGCAUUACCCUCAAUCCUUUUCGCAUACAGAGAGAGCCGUAAUGAAACCACGGGGUUUUCACCAUUUCAGAUGAUUUAUGGAGGAAAUCCAAGAGGCCCAAUGACAAUUCUUAAAGAACUAAUACUCCCACAAGAACAUGUUGGAAAUAAAGAAAGUUACGAUAUAGUGACAGAAACCAGAAAUAAAGUAAUAAAGGCUUGUGAAGAAGCGAGCAAACAUGUACUUGAUAAAAGUGAACUAACACAGUCUAGGGUGAAUGAACACAGGAAAUUGACCAAACUAGAAGUAGGUCAAGAUGUUUUGGUAUUACUAAAGGAUAAGGAGAAUGUACUAUUCACGAAAUGGUUGGGUCCUUAUAAGGUAACAAGGAAAAUUAGUGAUGUGGAUUAUGAAAUUAAAAUUGAUUCAAGGCUGAAAAUAUUUCAUGUGGAUAUGCUAAAAGAAUUUAGGUCGCAACAAAAAAGUGAAAAAAGCAGUAAAGAAGAUCCAUUGGUCAUAGGUGCAUCCGUGAGUGUAGACUUUGAGACAGAGGAAAGAUUGGGACACAUAGAAACAAUUUCAACCGAUGCCAGUCAAACAUGGAAAGAUGUGGAAGUGACGGGAAUCUCGUCAGAAAAAACGAAGGAAGUAACAACAUUAUUGGAAGAUUUUAAGAAUAUUUUUACAGAUUUACCAGGAAGAACGAAUAUCAUAGAACAUGAUAUCAUAAAUUAACAGGCAGAGUUCCAAAUAAACUACCUCAAUAUGCUGUACCAUUACAUCACAGAGAAGCGUUACAGAAAGAAAUAGAUGAGCUACUUAAAUUGGGAGUAAUCGAACCAUCUAAUUCGUCAUGUGCUGCACCAGUUGUGCUGGUUAAAAAAAAAUGUGGCAACAUUAGACUGUGUGUGGAUUACCGUCAACUAAAUAAAGUUACAGAAUUUGACCCAUUCCCAAUGCCACAGGCAGAGGAAAUGUUUACUAAAUUGAAAAAAGCGAAACUUUUCACCACGUUGGACCUUUCUAGAGGAUACUGGCAAGUACCUCUAAAGGAAGAGGCUAAACCACUAUCCGCAUUUAAGACACCGUUCGGCGUCUAUCAGUGGAAUGUGAUGAGUUUUGGCUUAGUAAAUGCCCCAGCCACUUUUAACAGGAUGAUGGCAAAGAUACUGGGUCACAGAAGAGACACUAUUUGCUAUUUGGAUGACAUCUGCAUCUUUAGUGAGGAUUGGAACGAACACUUACAGAGUCUAAGAGAGAUAUUUGCUAUUAUCAAGGAAAACAAUCUGACAUUGAAACCAACAAAAAUAAAAAUUGGACUUAGUGAAAUUCCUUUUUUGGGAUACAAGAUAAAAAAUGAAUCAAUUACACCAUUGGAAGAAACAGUUGCAAAAAUAAUGGAUAUUAGUAUACCAAAAACAAAAAAACAAAUUAGAAGUCUUUUAGGUCUUUGCAAUUUUUAUAGAAAAUUUGUUCCAAAUUUUGCAGAAAUGAUUGAACCUCUUACAAAUCUUACAAAGAAAGGGAAAUCUAACAUUAUAAUUUGGUCUGAACAAUGUCAAAGAUCGCUAGACAAGAUUAAGAGGGUGUUUUCUGAAAAACCAAUAUUAAAAUUGCCCGAUAGUACUAGAGAAUUUAUUUUGGCAACGGAUGCUUCAUCCAUAGCUAUAGGGGGCUGUUUGAUGCAAGAGUAUAGUGGAAUUGCACACCCUGGUUUUUAUGUAAGCAGGAAACUAACCCUUGCAGAAUUAAACUAUGCAACUAUUGAAAAAGAGGGGCUGGCAAUUGUGUGGUGCAUAACAAAGCUAAGUUUUUAUCUGACGGGGGCUAAAUUUCAAUUAUGGACUGAUCAUGCUCCGUUAGCAUUCAUUAAUUUAAAUAAAUGUGGUAAUAAUAGAAUUGCUAGGUGGGCGUUACAACUGAUGGACUAUAACUUUGAGAUCAAAACAAUACCGGGGAAAGAAAAUGUUGUGGCAGAUACAUUAUCACGCUGUACUUAAAGGUUGGGGAGAUUGUGUAGAGUAUAUCAUGACUACUGACAUUCUGUUAAGAAUUAAGCUGUUUUAUUGUGUACAUUUGUAAAUUCUGGCACGGAGUGUAGUAGAUAUUCAACAGAGAGUUGUUCAAUUGUGAGUGUACACAACAAUGAUUAGUGAGCAGAUAUAGAUUUGAAUUGAAUUAUAGGCGGGGAGUGGUAUUAACGAAAUCUGCAUGAUUACAUAGAGAUAUGUAUAGAUAUAUAUAUGUCAAUUGUUCAUAAUAACAAUUAGUAUUGUGAUGGUUACUAUCACAAUUGGUGAAUAUAAAUGUUAUAUGUUAAAGCUAAUGUUAGAAGUGUAUUGGUAUUAAUAUGAUUUUGUUUUGUAUGACAUUAUGGUUCACUAUGUUACAGAGAAUUUAGAUUAUUUUUAACUUGGAAUAGGCUGAUAAGAUAUGUGGUGAUUAGUAUUUUGGACGUUCGAUGUACAUCGAACUUGUUAAACAGGGGGGGUGUUACGUGCGCAUCUUAGUGUAAAUGUGAAAUGGUGCGAAUGCGUGUUGAAAGGAGAAGAACAAAAAUGGAGGAAUAUGAACAAGAAAGUGUUUUCAGUAUUAAUAAAGAGUAAAGUAUUUAUAAA